AUGACCAUCCUGCGCAACACGGCCAUGGUCAAGUCUCUGCUCCUGGUGGUGUUGGGGCUCACCUUCCUGAGGGAGGGGGCAGCUCGAAAAAACCCAAAAGCAGGGGAUGCUGCCCUGUGCCCUCCUCUGGAGGAUAACAGUGUGAGGGUUGACAUCCGCAUCCUCAGGCAAAACCAGGGUAUUUCCAUCUCAAAUGAUUUUCAGAACCGCUCCAGCUCCCCUUGGGAUUACAACAUCACCCGGGACCCCCACCGGUUCCCCUCGGAGAUUGCAGAGGCCCAGUGCAGGUAUUCGGGCUGCAUCAAUGCCGAGGGGCAGGAAGACAGCUCCAUGAAUUCUGUUCCCAUCCAGCAGGAGUUCCUGGUCCUGCGGAGGGAGCCCCGGGGCUGCACUCGCUCCUUCCGGCUGGAGAAAGUGCUGGUGACGGUGGGCUGCACCUGUGUCACCCCCAUCGUGCGCUAUGUGCACGCCUGAACGUCCGCUUGGCUGAAGAAGCCCUGAAAUACCACUCCCGGAGCUCUGCAGCUAGUCCUCUGUGGUCCCAAUUCUCUCCACUUCGUCGGCCUCUUGAUAAGACUGGGCGGAAUUCUCAGAGCUCUGUAUUAGAUAGAGUGUCAACUUUCUGGGGGCGCUUCCAGAUCAUAACCUAGUCCUGAGCUGUUCCACUGUCCCAAACCCUUGAAAAUGGACGGAGGAGAAGGAAGGUGCGCAUAGCCCUGCCGUCGCUGUGAUUGGUGCCAUUCCCGGGGAAUUCUGUUGCAAAUUCUGUUCCGUGUGGAUGAAGAUGCAGAAAAUGUAACCACAGUAUGAGUGUGUGGGAGGGGGUGAGGGGUGGGGUGGGGUGGGAGGGAUGGGGUAAGGCUCUAGUACACAACCUUAUUAAGAUUUACUCAGUAGAGGUUGGCCUGAUGCUCCUAUUUUUAAGGAAACUGUCCAUCUGUUUAUGAUGUAUUUUUAUAUAAAAUUUUAGGAGAAAAAUUAAUAUAUCAAGUAUUAAUAUAAUAAAGUAUUAAUGAUUGAAAAAUA